AUGCCACGCCGCCUUCCGGGACUGCUCCUGCUGCUCUGGCCGCUGCUGCCGCUGUUGCUGCUGCUGUUGCCGUCGCCCGCAGCCCCCACUGCCCCCAGUCCCCUGGCCCACUCGGGCUUCCGGAGGCUGGGGACCCAUGGCCCCGGGGGCAGCCCCGGGCGCCGCCCGGCUCCUGCAGUCCCCACCGGGGCGCCCUACUCGGGGGCCGGCCAGUCUGGAGGGACCCGCGGUGCAGGUGUUUGCAAGAGUAGGCCCUUGGACUUGGUGUUUAUCAUCGAUAGUUCUCGCAGCGUACGGCCUUCAGAGUUUACCAAAGUGAAAACCUUUGUCUCCCGGAUAAUCGAUACCCUGGACAUUGGGGCGGCGGACACGCGGGUGGCCCUGGUGAACUAUGCCAGCACCGUGAAGAUCGAGUUCCAUCUCCAGAACUACUCGGAUAAGCAGCCCCUGAAACAGGCCGUGGCGCGAAUCACUCCCUUGUCUACUGGCACCAUGUCGGGCCUGGCCAUCCAAACAGCGAUGGAGAAAGCCUUCGCCGUGGAGGCAGGAGCUCGGGGGCCCAGCUCCAACAUCCCUAAGGUAGCUAUCAUCGUGACAGAUGGGCGGCCGCAGGACCAGGUGAACGAGGUGGCGGCGCGGGCGCGGGCGGCCGGUAUUGAGCUCUACGCCGUGGGCGUGGGCCGGGCAGACAUGGAGUCGCUCAAGAUGAUCGCGAGCGAGCCCCUGGACGAGCACGUGUUCUACGUGGAGACGUACGGGGUCAUUGAGAAACUUUCCUCCAGAUUCCAGGAAACCUUUUGCGCGGCGGACCCGUGCGUGCUCGGCACCCACGGGUGCCAGCACGUGUGCGUCAGCGACGGGGACGGCAGGCACCACUGCGAGUGCAGCCAGGGCUACUCCUUGAACGCCGAUAAGAAGACGUGUUCAGCUAUUGAUAAGUGUGCUCUUAACACUCACGGCUGUGGACACAUCUGUGUGAAUGACAGAAGUGGCUCUUACCACUGCGAGUGCUACGAAGGCUACACUUUGAACGCAGACAGGAAGACGUGUUCAGCUCAGGAUCAAUGCGCUGCAGGUACACAUGGCUGUCAGCACGUCUGUGUGAGUGACAGAGCUGGUUCCCAUCACUGUGAAUGCUAUGAGGGCUACACUCUGAAUGCGGAUAAAAAAACCUGCUCGGCUCGUGACAAGUGUGCCCUGGGCUCCCACGGUUGCCAGCACAUUUGUGUGAGUGACGGCGUGGCCUCCUACCACUGCGACUGUUACACUGGCUUCACCCUGAAUGAAGACAAGAGGACGUGCUCAGCCGUUGAAGAAGCACGAAGACUCAUCUCCACAGAAGAUGCUUGUGGAUGUGAAGCCACACUCGCAUUCCAGGAGAAGGUCAGCUCCUCCCUGCAGAGACUGAACGCCAAAAUUGAUGACAUAUUGGGGAAGCUGCAGGCAAAUGAAUAUGGACAAAUACAUCGUUAA